CCUGGCCCUACAUUCACUUUACUACUUCGUUCUCCAAAGUUCUCAUUUUCAGCAUGAAUGAGUAUAUGGAUAUGCUGCAGCAUCUUAAGUAUAUACUGUAUAAAGCUGGCCUAAAUGCGCCUAUGUACACGAAGAGAAAAGCGACAUUGUAUGACCAACCGUAGACAUUGAUGAUAAUUUCAAAGUUUUUUUUUUUUUACGUUUCAUUUGCCCCAAAUGCAUGCACACCUGAAUCUUCUGCAGACUUCUCGCUGAUGCUUUUCUAUCUUUUUUCGGUCAGACUUGGUGGGUUCAUUAUUUAUUAGCGACUCCACUGAUAGAUUCGUCUAGAAUUACAGAGAUACUUUUUGGUUAUGGCCUAUAAACCAAGGUAUUUCAACGACGCCGUUUGUUCCAUUUCAUUAAGCGUCGCUGUCUUCUUAAAAUUGUUGAUGAAACCAAGCUGCGCUUCACUAAUAAUUUGCACCUUUCUUUAAUUUUUUUAUGCAUCCCACCACGUCUGAAACUAUAGACAAGGCUGUUCGAGAGGAAGACACCAACAACCUUUCCCCGAUUCCUGCGCUUGUGAUUGGCUACGAUGACGCUGCCGUUUUCCUCGAGUAAGCGCUUCUUGUAUCUACAUUGAUUAGGACAUUCGAACAUCAGUUUUUUUCGCACUUCUUAUUCGUUCGCCUGUCUGUCCAGGCAAGUUUAAUAAAGGUCGGGUUGAACUAGUGUCACACAUUGACGAAGUUUCAUACCUCGCGAUGAAGGUUCAGAAUGAAUAAAUGACGGGUCAAGUAAGGACUGCUUGUAACUACAAGUAACUGCUUGUAUAAUCAACAUUUUCACUCAUCUCAAACUUUUAGCCUCUUUUGUGAUAGCACUCCUAAGAAAAUCGCUUAACCAUUACAUCUUCACUGUUUAAGAAAAGCUGGGAGUGAAUAUUCUGAAACACCCUGUUUAAUGGAAAUCCACUGAACAAACAAGACCUGAUAGCUUAGGGAGUUCCGACGAUAUUUUCAUGCUUUUCUCAUCGCAAACACAUCAAGGCCAGCCUCUUUUAUGCUUUUGGAGCGCGAGGAAGGCACGUUCAGUGCCUUUUGUCGCGUCACCUAAGGCAUUUAUGUAAGCAAUGUCUUGAAUAAAUGAAUAAAUAAAUAAAUAAAUAAAGAAAGAAAGAAAGAAAGAAAGAAAGAAAGAAAGAAAGAAAGGUGCACGAACUUCCCUAGCGUUACGUUCUUCGGAAAUCUCUUCGGAAAUGAUUUCCAACGGUUUCACACAAUGGUGCGACGUUUUCACUGUGGCCGCUGAACGUAUGCGCAGGGGUGGUAUUCCAGUUAGUUCUCUAUAUGAAUAAAAAAUUGAAUGCUAGCGCUCACUCUGUUCGUUGUACUCCCUCCCACUAAAUCUUUAUUUCUACGCAGCGCUAAUAUGUGUGCCCUAAAUUUUACUUGGUUUGUGUAUCGCAAUUCAGGUCACUCGGAGGCGAGGAUCUUGGUUGGAAGGGAGGCCUGAAUGCCACCUACAAGGCGGGUCCGCUGUCUCCAAAGGGAAGGAAAGUUGCAAUGUCAGUGAACAGUAAGAGGGUGACACGACUUGUGAAGAGCGUGCUUGGAGUCGUCAAAGGAAGUGGGGAAACCGAUCGCUUCGUCAUCACGGGGGCACACCACGACUCGUGGGGCUACGGAGCCGUCGAACCGUCAUCGGCCACUGCCGCGCUUCUGGAACUCGGUCGCGCCCUGGGCACCCUGAUAAAGCGUGGCUGGUCUCCUCGCCGGACAAUCGUGUUGGCAUCGUGGGCUGCCGGGCAGAUGGCAUUCGCCGGAUCCAGCGAGUGGGUCGAGGAAAACAUUGUCCUACUUGAUUCCGGCGCCGUGGGCUACGUGAGUGUGGACAGCUGUGUGUCUGGACCCCGAUUCGCAGUUCAUGCGUCACCCACAUUGCGAGACGUGGUAUACAAGGCCGCCAAGAAGGUCCCCAAAGGUGACAUCAAGCUCAUGAACGCAUGGGAAAAGGCAGAAGGGACACAAAGGCCCUGCAUCCCGCUUAUCCACGGCGUCGGCGACCACGCGGCCUUCAGCUUCUACGCGGGCAUACCCUCGGUGGAGUUCACGUUUCGACCCAAGGAGCCUCGACCAUCGGGCUGGUUUCCGGCCUACCACACGGCGUACGACAACCGCGAGCUUUUCGAACAUGCGGUGGACUCGAAGUUCGAGCUGACGCUGCGUUGCAGCCAGAUGAACGCGGCGCUUACCCUGCGGCUUGCCGAGGAUGCCCUGCUGCCCUACAACGUGUCCGAAAUGGCAGACGAGCUGCGAGCGGCCGUCGAUGAGCUGGAGCCGCGCAUCGUCCAAGAGAUGAGCAAGCACAACAUAUCGCUCGAAUGGCUGAUCAGCGAGACGAAGAAAUUCCAGCAACGGGCCCAGAAUUUCCGCUCCUGGUUGGACAAUCGCACGCUCGACAAACCCACCUUACGGAUGGUCAACGAAAGACUCGUGCUCAUUGAAAGAGCGUUCAUCAAGCGGGACGGAUUGCUAGGAAAGCCGAACGUCAGGAACAUGGCUUUCGGCGCGGAUCCGGAGGACGCGUUCGCCGGAAAGGCGCUCGCCUUCCUCCACGAACACGCGUACCGCGCCCGAAGACAGCGAGACCCGAGCCUAAGCGCGAGGGCCUGGCGGCAGGCCCACAUCGACCUGUCGCAUCUCGUGCUCGCCGUCCGCAUGUGCAACCAGCUACUGGACCUGGAGAGAUCCAUCUAGAAGCGUUCUAGCUUUUCUGCGGAGGGGCGCGUCGUUUUGCGCGCUCGCUGGAAUAAACGGCCUCGUCGCCUCCCGUCUCGC